GCAUCGCUUCAAUGCUCUUCGCGGCGACGUGGGGUCGGUAGCCUCCCGCCAGAAGUCCUUGGAGACGGUCGGGCUGUUGCUUGGGCUUCGUGAGUCGCCAGAUUUCGCCGAGGAGGAGAAGGGCGUGUACGCGCUGCUUGACUGGGGCGCGUUGCUAGCAGACGCAGGCAAGAGGGCUUGGGAGGCCGACGUGAAGCGGGAGAACAGGUGCGUCCAGCUCAUGGCCGCAACCCAGCUGAAGAACUGCAAAAGGUAUGCGAGGGCAACUCCCGACGACGUCUUGCACUUCCUCGCGGAGUAUAAGAACGCGGUGAACGGCGAGGUGACGGAGAUCACCAUCAUUCAGAUCUGGGGGCCCACGAAGAACGUAGAGAUUCGCUUCAAGCAGCGGGCCAAGCAGAUGGGUUGGGGUGAUUUGCCUUGGGACAAGCUGCUGGGCCUGAAGUUCGAGACUGCCGUGUCGUAUCAUCCUGGGCGUUGGGUCAACCCGACGAGCUACAAGGUGAGCAGCAGCUUCUACCGCUUGUCGCAGCUUCGCAUCAUCGAGCGGGACUGGCAGGGUGUCGACCUGGAGGUGGAGGAUCGGCGCUCGGUGUGGGAUGAGACGGUCAAGGUGGUGAACGGCGAGUGCGACUUGCAGCGCCCAGCGGCGCGCAAGACUGAGACGAUCUUCCAGUCGGUGAACGCGUGCUUCGUGGUGCUUAGGGCGGAGUACCCAGAGGUGAUCGCUGAUUGCGUCCGCAUGGUGGUGCCAAUUCCACAGGACGCCAAGCCCAUCGGCCAGUGCAAAGGACUAAGCCCAGGCCUGCAGAAUCCAGCGUUCAGGAACCAGAUUCGGGAGCCGAUGGUGAAGAGACUCGUGCAGGACAUGAAGGAGAGCGAGGCGCACAAGCAGCUCGCGGACCCUGAGUCGAAGCUGCACAUGGAUGUCAAGAGCCGGCAGGCCAAAGCGGCGGCCAAGUCGGCCAAGGUUGAGGCCAAGAAGAAAGAUAAGGCCGAGAAGGAUAUGAAGAGGAGCGAAGCUGCGAAGGCCGCAGCAAACCUCGUGACGAAGUCGUGCCCCCGGUGGAGGAGGAAGAAGAGCGCGGCGAAGGCCGACCCCAUGAAGGUCAAGAUGGGCAAUCAGCUGAAGAAACAGUCGGCGGCCAAGCUGCGCAAGAAGGGUUCCGAGCUUGUCGGUGCGGAUUGCCAGCCGAUCGAGGACGUGGAGGUCGUGGAGCUGCAGACUGGCAUGGAGACGUGGAGCUUCAUCGAGUUCGCACGGAGCUUGAUCGGGGAGGUCGCUCGCAUCAGCGCCGACUCGAAGGAGCUCCAGAGGCAGGACAAGGUUGUGGACGUGCAGGAUUUCACGACGUUCGCGAAGAAGGUCAAG